UGGUAUAGCUGCGCCAGUCAGUCCUUCAGCGGAGGUUUUGAUAUGUUCGAUCCCAAUCAACCCCAAGAACUCUCUUGUGCUAUGAUUGAAUGGCGGAAAUAAUGAAAUCUAACCCUAAUUUUGUAUUAAUAUGGGCCAUAUUGAAUGUGCUAACACUAAGCAACAUCAUGUUUUUUGUUCAGAAAGACAAUGUAGAGAAAUGGCAGCAUGAUGUGCCGGAGGUUGUGUCGUUAGAACAUUUUCCCGCAGAAAGUUCUCCAGAUGUCACGAAUGAUGAGAGCGAUGUGUCGUCCCCGGUGACUGAUGACAGAAAUCGUGAUAGUGCUGUGGCAGCAGCAACUGCAGAAGCUGCUGUUGCAGCGGCUCAAGCAGCACCGAAGGUUGUUAGAUUGGCCGGCUAAGGACGCCACUCCAAGGAAGAAAGGGCGGCUAUUAUGAUACAGUCAUAUUACAGAGGCUGUCUGGCCACACAUUAAGAUGGAGUAUUUGAUAAAAUUAUGUGUUUUGUACAUGUCAAAACAUCGAAUUUACGGUACUACACUAUAGUCCAACAUCAGGGUAUGAUGGAAUUCGCCAUUAUGCAGAACAAGUGUGUGUCACAAUCAUAUAUAAGACGCUUUGUUUUGUGUGUACGUUCCACAUUCAUUGCCCCCGAGACCAUUUGGAUCCCACAUUCAAGUUAGCGC